AUGCCAGCAGCCAGCGCUGAAGAGUUUCGGUUUGUGUCCCCGGGCUGCGCCGCCCGCGGGCUCUGCUGCCCCGGCCGCGACCGCGCCUGCCUGGGCGCCGGCCGGCGGCCCGACGGCUCCGCCGGGCCCUGCUACUGCGACCAGGCGUGUGCCCGCAGCCUGGACUGCUGCCACGACUACGGCCAGGCCUGCCCGGUUGUCCCCUGCGUGGUCUCUCAGUGGAGUGCCUGGAGUGGCUGCGCAGAGCCUUGCAAGACAACCUGUCAGGUCCGGACGAGGCACAUCGUCCAGGAGCCCAGGAACGGGGGAGCAGCGUGUCCUGCUCUGGAGCAGAGGGCUGGCUGUGUGGAGUACUGGACUCGGCGAGGAGCAGAGUGCCAGCACUCCCUCAUCCCAGCAUUAAUAACUGCGGGAGGGUUUGGAAAAGCGAGGCAGAGAAGAGCUGCAGCUGACGGCAGUGAAAGGGCAGGGUACUGUGUGCAGUUCCAGCUGGUGGCCCUGGCGCCGGGCUGCGGGCACAGGCAGCCCCGGCACGGCCGCUGGACGCGCGAGCUCGGCGAGGGCCGCACGGUGUGCGUGGAGUGCCAGCAGCCAGCCCUGCAGCCAGCCCUGCAGCCAGCCCAGCAGCCAGCCCUGCAGCCAGCCCUGCAGCCCCUGCGGCAGCGGUGCCGCAGGGACGGCUCCGGCAGCCGCCAGAACCAGCUGCUGCACUGGCAGGCGAUGGGGAACCAUCGCUGCAGGGGAACCUGGAGGAGGAUUCGCCAGCUGGGCACUUGUUCCUGCCCUUCUGUUCACAGCUUCUUGUUCAUCUGACUUCUCCUGGCAGUCCCAGCAAGCCCAGCGUGCCGCAGCAGCAGGAGCCCCAGCCAAAGAAUGACUUCUCCAUGUCAGGGGCUUUGCUUUCCCUGCCCUUCCAGAGCACCUGGAAUCCUCUCUGGCUGUGUGUGCUCCUCAGUUUCCAAGGAAAUCAGGCUGGGAAGCGCCGAUCUCUUUUUUCCCUGAGAGAAUCUUGUCUGACCUUGAUGCCCUCUUGCAAUUCCUCAUUUCUUGAAAGGAAUGAGAAUUUACCAAAUAACAAAUCAAACAGAAAAGGCCAUAAGAAGCCAGGUUUAAUUAUUCUUUUAAAAAAAUCUUAAUGAAGAAUCAACAAUGCAAAACAAAUUAAUCCAAGUGCCUUCUUUUUGUGGCAGCAGCACUUUGUGGAUACUUCCUGCUCGUGUUUGUGUAUCUGUUCCUUCUAUUUUCAUCCUCCCUGGUCUCAUAAUUUCAUUUAGCCCUCAGUCUUACAGCAGGUUGGUCUUGUGCUGUUGAAGUAAUGACAGAACUUAGAAAUGUGCUUGUCAAAUCUGUGAGAAUAGGGACAAACUGGCCCUUGGACUGAAGUUUCUAGGAACAUCUCUGAGCUGGCCCAAAAUGCAAUGCAGUCCUGGGGCUCUAAAUAGGAAGUCAGCUCAGCUGUGCCAGGAGUGCUGACUAUAGCCAUGUGGUUUUGACUGAGAAAUACUUGAAAUAUUUUCCUUAU